UGUCCUGAUGGAUACACGAAGACUGAGAAUCCCAAGAUGUGCUUCAAACUGAGUGAUUUUGCGGAUGCAAGAAGCUACCAAUAUGCUGUGGAUGCAUGUCGGAGGACACGUGGCCGUCUCAUCGAUCUGGACACUCCAGAGAAGUAUGGACUCAUUGCUGGAUAUAUGACUGCUUUGGGACCCAAAGGAGGAAACGCACAAACAAACACUGCAUUCCAUGUGUGGACUGGUCUGAAACGAAGCUCAAAAACUGGGUUUAAAUGGAACACGGGAUCCACAAAUGUCCCCGCUUGGGGGAAGGGGGAGCCAGACAACAGUCGCGGUGAAGAUUGUGGUCAGCUGGACAGCUGGGGGAUCAGUGACCUCUACUGCCACCUUCGACGCCGGUACAUCUGUGAGAUUCCCCUGUAACAGCCACAAUAACAACUUACCACAUGUGUACAUGUAACAUCAAUGAGAAACCACCUUUUUGAAUA